AUGAAGUUCUUCUCCAUUAUCAGUGCCUUCUCGGCAAUUCUGUCGUGUACAGCUGUUGUCUCCGCGCAGUCCGACCCCGACCCAAUUGGCACCAUCUAUGAUGGACAUGUGCCAGCUGAUCUAUACGGAUCUAGCUACCCCUAUCCUUGGCCAGUGAAGCUGUUCAAGUUCUAUAAUCAGCGUCAGAACCUUACAAUGGCAUUCAUGGAUAUACCAGCAAAGAAGCAACACAAGAGCAAGAAAACAGCGGUCUUGCUACACGGUGGGAACUUCUGCAGUGUCACAUGGUCCGACACGGCGCGCCAGCUGUCGGCCGCCGGCUACCGAGUGAUUCUGCCUGACGACAUAGGCUUCUGCAAAUCGAGCAAGCCCCAAGGCUAUGCCUACAAUGUACAUCAACAGGCGUUGAAUAUCCACAGCCUUCUCACUGCGCUAGGCAUCGAUCAAGCCACGGUUAUCGGCCAUUCGAUGGGUGGCAUGAUUGCCGCCCGCUACGGCCUCAUGUACCCGACUAGCGUUCAACAGCUUUUCCUCAUCAAUCCUCUGGGUCUGGAAGACUGGGUAGCCAAGGGUGUGCCCUAUUUGUCAGUCGAUGCGUCGUACGGGAGCGGGCUUGGCCAAAACUUCACCACCCUCAAAGCGUAUGAGCAGGCCAGCUACUUCCCCAAUGCUCCCUGGAAGCCUGAGUACGAUACAUGGGUGCACAUGCUCGCCGACAUCUAUGCUGGCAAUUAUGGUUCAGACUAUUCGUACGUGAUGGCCCUCGUCACUGACGCCUUACUCAGCCAGCCUGUCAUCUACCAGCUGCCUCUGCUGCAGACACGUACCUACCUCCUGGUAGGAGAUAGCGACGUUUCGGCGCUUGGUAAAGCAUGGUCAUCCCCUGCCAUCGCUGCGAAGCUAGGCCAUUAUGAUGAACUAGGUCCUGCUGCCGCGGCCAUGAUCCCCAACUGCACGCUUCACAUGUUCCCCGGUCUAGGCCAUGCGCCCUUCCUCCAAGACCCCAAAGCGUUUUACGAUGUGCUACUUUCUUUCCUGGACUAA